UCCCUGAUGGUCCUAGCAAGGCUCUGGGAGAGCCUCACAUCUCAGCCUGUGCCUCUCCCCCUCCUUAGCUCCCUCUGCACUAGGAUGUUGCGGAAGGUUCUGCACAGGGGGCUGAGAACGUGCUUUUCAAGACUCGGGUUUUUUAUCGCCAGCCAUCCAGUGUUUUUUGUGUCAGCUCCAGUGCUCAUCUCCAUUUUGCUGGGGGCCAGCUUCAGCAGGUAUAAGGUGGAGGAGAACAUUGAGUAUCUGCUAGCUCCAAAGCACAGCCUAGCCAAGAUAGAGAGGAACCUGGUGGAUAGUCUCUUCCCAGUCAACCGUUCAAAGCACCGUCUAUAUUCUGAUCUCCAGACACCUGGAAGGUACGGCAGAGUCAUCAUAACUUCAUCUAGGAGAGCAAACAUGUUGGACCAACAUCACACGGAUCUCAUUCUAAAGUUGCACUCUGCAGUGAAAAGGAUUCAAGUUCACCGUCCAGGGUUUAAUUAUACAUUCGCGCACAUUUGCAUGCUGAGCAAUGAAAAGACUUGCAUAGUGGAUGAUAUAGUACAUAUUCUGGAGGAACUGAAGGCCGCUCGGUCCCUUAAUCGAACAAACUUUGUCAUCACCUAUCCCAUCACACAGUUAAAGGAUGGCAGAGAAGUGUACAAUGGGCACCAGUUGGGAGGUGUCACUGUGCACAGCAAAGAUCGGGUUAAGUCUGCUGAGGCCAUUCAGCUCACGUACUAUCUGCAGGCAAUCAACUCCCUCAAUGAACUAGUGGCUGAAAAGUGGGAAUCCAUUUUCUGUGAAACCGUAGAAAGCUUUCAGAAAUUAAACAGAGAGGUCAAGAUGUACCCUUUCACGUCUUCAUCUCUAGGAGAAGAUUUUCAGAAAACCAGCGGGGUUGCAGAGCGUUACCUGGUUACAAGUCUUAUCCUAGUGCUCUCACUGGCCAUCUUGUGCUGCUCCAUGCAAGACUGUGUCCGAAGUAAGCCAUGGCUUGGUCUGCUUGGGUUGGUGACUAUCACUUUAUCCACACUCACCGCUGCUGGAAUGAUCAAUCUCACGGGAGGAAAAUACAAUUCCACUUUCCUGGGCAUUCCAUUUAUCAUGUUAGGUCAUGGAUUAUAUGGAACAUUUGAAAUGCUCUCAUCUUGGAGGAAGACUAGAGAAGACCAACAUGUUAAAGAAAGGACAGCAGUUGUGUAUGCAGACACCAUGAUUUCCUUCUCUCUCACCACUGCCAUGUAUCUUGUUACCUUUGGGAUUGGGGCCAGUCCCUUCACGAACAUCGAAGCUGCAAGGAUAUUUUGCCGCAAUUCAUGUAUAGCAAUCUUCUUCAACUACCUCUACGUACUAUCAUUCUAUGGCUCUAGCCUUGUGUUUACUGGGUACAUUGAAAACAAUUACCAGCAUAGUAUUUUUUGCAGGAAGGUUCCAAAGCCCGAAAUUCUACAGGUGAAAUCGUUGUGGUACAGGUUUCUUAUGACUGCAAGAUUUAGUGAAGACACAACAGACUCCCAAGAAUCAAGCUCUUAUGAAAGUCACCUUUUGGUUUGCUUCCUUAGACGAUAUUACUGUGACUGGAUAACAAAUACAUAUGUAAAACCUUUUGUAGUUCUCUUUUACCUUGUUUAUAUUUCCUUUGCCUUAAUGGGCUACCUGCAGGUCAAUGAAGGGUCUGACCUGAGUAACAUAGUUGCAACUGAGACACGAACCAUAACAUAUACCGCAAUCCAGCAAAAGUAUUUCAGUAACUACAGCCCGGUCAUUGGCUUCUACAUCUAUGAAUCAAUUGAGUACUGGAAUACAAGUGUUCAGGAGGAUGUUCUAGAAUACACAAAAGGAUUUGUAAGAAUAUCAUGGUUUGAGAGCUACUUAAACUAUCUCAGAAAACUUAAUAUAUCUACUGGUUUACCCAAAAAGAACUUCACUGACAUAUUGAGAUACUCUUUUCUGAAAAACCCACGGUAUUCACAUUUUUCUGAAGACAUCAUCAUACCCAAGAAAUACAACAAUGAAGUAGAUGUUGUGGCCUCUAGGAUGUUUCUGAUUGCAAAGACAAUGGAAACAAACAGGGAAGAACUCUAUGAUCUCCUUGAAACUUUAAGGAAACUUUCUCUUACGUCCAAAGUAAAGUUCAUUGUCUUUAAUCCAUCCUUUGUCUACAUGGACCGAUAUGCUUCUUCAAUUGGAGCUCCUUUACAAAACUCCUGCAUAAGUGCUUUGUUCCUGCUGUUUUUCUCAUCGUUUCUUGUUGCCAGCUCUAUCAUCAAUGUUUGGAUAACCCUAACCGUGGCCUCUGUAGAGUUUGGAGUAAUUGGCUUCAUGACAUUAUGGAAAGUUGAGUUGGACUGCAUAUCGGUACUUUGCCUAAUCUAUGGGAUUAACUACACUAUAGACAACUGUGCACCACUAGUAUCAACAUUUAUCUUGGGUAAAGAAUUUACUAGGACUAAGUGGGUGAAAAAUUCAUUAGAAUUGCAUGGGGUAGCCAUUUUACAGAGCUACCUCUGUUUCACUGUUGGUCUGAUCCCUCUCGCAGCUGUGCCUUCAAAUCUGACCCGUACACUGUUCAGGUGCUUGUUUUUGAUAGCAUUUGUCACAUUAUUUCACUGCUUUGCAAUCUUACCAGUUAUGCUGACUUUUGUUCCACCCUCAAAGAAGAAGCGGAAAGAAAAGAAAACCCAGGAAAACCAUGAAGAGAUAGAAUGUGUUGAAAUGGUGGACUUGGACAGCACCAGAGUUGUUGACCAAAUUACAACUGUCUGAUUUUAUUUCUUUUUUUUGCAUUUUUUACAUUGAGUUUCACCCUAGGUCUUACUAAGAGAAUGUUUUGAUGGAACCUCUUUGUGAAACAAGUAUCCAAUACAACCCGCUCAAUGGAUGAUCCAAAAAAAGUACCUUUAGCCUCAGUACAAAAAAAAGAUAAACAUAGAGCUGAAUUACACUCAGUGGUUUAGGCAUUGAUUAUAUGGUGGUAGAAUAUUCCAAAUGUUAGAUAAAUCUUAGGACAGUUUAUUGUUUUGGUUUAAACUUUCAUAUGUUUAGAUAAGAAAC